AGUGUGUUUGUCACGGGCGGCCUUGGCGCUCUUGGCCAGACAUCAGCGGCGUGGUACGCGCAUCGCGGUGUCCGACACGCCUACUUAACGGGUCGUCGUGGUCGAGGGGAGUCGCCGCUGCUACGCUGGGCGUCUGGUGGACAACCACAACUGGGCGCGUUACAUAUAAUCCGCGUCGAUGCGUGCGCGAGCGAUGAGGUAUCGUACGGUGGCGAGUACGCGUACGCACGUACGCACGCGUGCGGUGUCCUACACGCCGGCGGCGUUCUGCGAGACGCCUUGACCGCGCGCCAGUCUGCGUCAGCGCAUCGACACGUCUGGUCCUCCAAAGUGGCUUCAGCGCACGCGCUACUUGACUACUGCGUGAGCGGUGCACGUGGCGCACACCACACGGCGCUGUUCUCAUCGGUGGCAUCCUUGCUCGGCAAUUCAGGUCAGUGCAACUACAGCGCGGCGAAUGGCGCGCUGGAUGCCACAGCCGCGCGCGAAUGGCGCCGAGGAACCGCCGUGCGUGCUGUUCAGUGGGGUGCGUGGGAUGGCGCGGGGAUGGCGCUCUCGAACCCCGCCGUGCUCGGACAUGCACGUGCGUCUGGGAUCGGCGUGCUUGAUCCACGCGCGGGACUUGCAGCCGUGCGCGUCGCUCUGCACGAGUCGAUGACAACGACCCAAUGGUGGGCCACUGGUGCUGUGUUGGCUGUUGUUCCAUUCCAGUGGACUGUGCUCUCGAAGACGCACAAUCACACGAGCGCGCUGGUUGCAGAAUACCGUACAAAGCCAGCGGCGAGCACAGAUGUGCGAGCAACAGUCAGCCAGAAAGGUGCCACAGGCGCGCGUCCGGCGUCCGACGAGAGCGUACGCCAGCUCGUUACAUCCGCCGUGGCGCGUGCCCUGGGCAGGGAUGUGUCCUCGGACGCGUCACUCAUGGAAGAAGGUCUCGACUCGCUCGCCGCCGUGGAGCUCGGUGGCGCGUUGCAGAGAGACACAGGCGUCACGAUGCCAGCUACGUUGGCAUUUGACUACCCGACAAUCACUGCUAUCUGUGGUUUCGUUCUUUUGACUUCGUCUUCCAGUGGAUAUUUCAGCCGUCAAACUUCUUCGGAAGUCGAGACAAGCGGUUUUGGUAUUCGUCCGACCGGACCUGAUACGUCGAAUAGGGAAUCUUUGGCCGCAGUCCCAUCCUACCUCCAAGCAGAGUACUCUGUGGACGUUAAUUUGUACAUUUCAUCACUUGCGUUUGCUCAGAAGUCUGAAACGCCAUCAGCACAUCACUUCUCAGGCGAGGUUCAAUGCGUAUUUGGAGGCACUUUAGCACCACUAUACGACGACGAGGAUCGUUUUCAGCAAUUACGAUCGGUGCAUUUCGGCCAUUUCAUACAACAAGUAGACUUCGAGCUCAGGCUGUUUCAAAUUCCGUUCAAUGAAUGGCGCGAGUUGAACGUGCAACAGCUUAUGCUGAUUGAAACUGUUUUUGAAAGCCUGAAACGCUAUAACUCGAAUCGUAACAGCGCGUAUGGCGUAGUAGUGGGAGCCACGGCGAGCCAAAUUACUGCAAAUGACGUUGCCUGUCCGAGCGCUUACAUGGGUAUUUCAUCUGCAUUAAGCGUGCUUUGCGGUCGCGUGUCGUACACAUUCGGUCUUCGAGGGCCGUCCGUAUGCGUGGAUACGGCGUGUUCGUCAUCGCUCGUCGCUGCACACACUGCGAGCGCGUACUUGCGUGGUCGAGAGUGCGAUGAUGCCCUCGUCGCUGGCGUGAGCGUGAAUGUGGGUGUGGGGACUCUCCUGCUGGCCGCGGCGGCCAGCAUGCUCUCGUACGACGGUCGAUGCAAGACUCUAGAUGCGAGUGCAGACGGAUACGCCAAGGGUGAGUGUUGCGUAGUCCUUCGCGUGACAUCGAAUACGUCUCUUGACGUGGACGCUCUCGCGCGCGAUGCGAACGAUCCAUCACCCACCCAUAUCGCCCUGGCGCAACUCGAGCACACGGGCGUGAACCAAGACGGCCGAUCGAGCUCGCUCACCGCUCCAAACGGGCCGUCACAGCAAGCACUCAUGGCCGACGUGCUUGUUCGCGCUGGUCUGCACGCGCGCACGAUCGGCCGGCUGGAAAUGCACGGCACUGGUACGUCGCUCGGCGACCCCAUUGAGGUCGGCGCCGCUCUUGAGGUUCUGGCGUCGCCGUCGAUGGAGUCCCAGCCCUCGAGCGCUCGAGCGCUCACGUUUGAAGGCGCUAAGCCUCGCGUUGGUCACUGCGAACCAGGAGCAGGCGUCGUUGGGCUGCUGUUCGCGACAGCACAUGUAACGACGCGCGCCACAGCGGCGCUGGUCCAUUUGCGCCAGCUCAAUCCUCACGUGGAGGCCGCCGCUCGCCGCCACGCGCAGUCCCAAGGGGCGAGACAUCUGGUACUUCCGCGACAAGGCAUGU